AUGUGUGUAUAAAUGGGUUUAAAUUAAUCCGGAUCUCAAUGUCUGGGCGUGUCAAUAGCAAAACGUAUCAGAUUCAGCAAGCUAAACUAUACUCUGUUCCUAACAGCGCUUCACUUGCCUUUUGAUUUCCAGAAUAACCAGUAAUUAAUCUCAGAACCCGAAUCAGAAAUUCAUUCAGUCUCCAUUUCCUCUUUCAACCAGUCAUCCACCAACCACCUAUUGCUUUACCAGCUUCAGUUAUUACAGGCUUUCUUGGAACUUGCUUUUAAUAGCGUCUCACGCCCAAGUUUUGAAUUCGAAAUAGUUGUUGCCGUAACAAUGACUGAGAAUUUCAUUUGGGUGCUAAAGAGAUGCGAUGAAGAAUCACUUGAUGGAGAUUGUUCGUGAUGCCGGUGUUACACGAGGUUACUGGAGGCAAGAGGACUAGAUAGCAUCUCUGGUGAACUCUGGUGGGAUGGGCUGUGAGUGUUCCAAGUUAUCUGCCUGUUGUUGGAGUGCAGAACAAAACGGAUCAGUUCCUGAGGUCCAAGAUGUUGAGGAUGAGGAUAAGGGUGAAGUUGACGACCUCCCACCAUUCCGAGAAUUCUCCAUUGAGACCCUUAAGAUGGCUACAUCAGGAUUUGCUGUGGAGAAUAUAGUUUCAGAACAUGGAGAAAAGGCUCCAAAUGUGGUUUACAAGGGCAAGCUGGACAAUCAAAGGCGGAUCGCUGUUAAAAAAUUUAAUAGGUCGGCUUGGCCUGACGCACGGCAGUUUUUGGAUGAAGCAAGGGCAGUUGGUCAGCUCCGAAACCAUAGAUUGGCAAAUUUACUGGGUUGUUGCUGUGAGAGUGAGGAGAGGUUACUUGUUGCAGAAUUUAUGCCCAAUGAAACAUUGGCAAAGCAUCUGUUUCACUGGGAAACACAGCCAAUGAGAUGGGCAAUGCGACUUAGGGUGGCUUUAUAUCUUGCUCAAGCUCUAGAAUAUUGUACGAGCAAGGGACGUGCCCUUUAUCAUGAUUUGAAUGCUUAUAGAAUUGUUUUUGAUGAUGAGGGCAACCCAAGACUAUCAUGCUUUGGUCUGAUGAAGAACAGUAGAGAUGGAAAAAGUUAUAGCACAAAUUUGGCAUUUACUCCUCCUGAGUAUCUUAGAACAGGAAGAGUAACGCCAGAAAGUGUAAUAUACAGCUUUGGAACUCUUUUGCUUGACCUUCUCAGUGGAAAACAUAUACCUCCAAGCCAUGCACUGGACCUCAUACGGGACAGGAAUAUCCAGAUGCUGACAGAUUCUUGCUUGGAAGGCCAGUUUUCCGAUGAUGAUGGGACUGAGUUAGUGCGGUUAGCCUCAAGAUGUUUGCAAUAUGAGCCCCGAGAGCGGCCAAACCCAAAGUCGUUAGUUACUGCAUUAAUUCCUCUUCAGAAAGAUACUGAGGUUCCUUCUCAUGUAUUAAUGGGUAUGCCACAUGGUGCUGCAGCUAUGCCUCUGUCCCCACUUGGGGAAGCCUGCUUAAGAAUGGACUUGACUGCGAUACAUGAGAUUUUAGAGAACCUUGGGUAUAAAGAUGAUGAGGGUGCAGCUACCGAGCUUUCAUUCCAGAUGUGGACCAACCAGAUGCAGGAAACAUUGAAUUCGAAGAAAAAGGGUGAUGUUGCUUUCCGGCAUAAAGACUUUAGAGCUGCCAUUGAAUGCUAUACUCAGUUCAUUGAUGUAGGAACAAUGGUUUCCCCAACAGUUUUUGCACGCCGUAGUCUAUCUUACCUCAUGAAUGACAUGCCAGAAGAAGCACAUACUGAUGCAUUGCAAGCCCAAGUAAUAUCUGCCGAGUGGCAUAUUGCAUCCUAUUUACAGGCUGCUGCUCUUUUUGCUCUAGGAAAGGAGAAUCAGGCACAACUGGCUCUGAAAGAGGGUUCCAUGCUUGAAAAGAAGAAUGCAACUGUUUGAGAACAAAGAAAUCAAAAAUCAAGAUAAAACUUUCUCUUGCUCCUUGAGAAUACUUUUUAUUGAAGAAGAUAACAAAUAGUAAACUCAAGCCUCUCAAUCUCUUGACCUCAAAGCUUUUCAAGCUCAAAUCAAGGUGGAGUUGGAGGCACAUAUGGUCCCAAUCUUUUGUGUUUGUGUUACCUGGUCAGUUCUCUUGAAGCUUUUUUGUUUUUUUUUUUUUGUUUUUUGGAAACAAAAUUAGAUGGCUUGGUUUUUAUCAUAUAUGAUGGUAUAUUAGGUCAAUUCCAUUUAUUUAUUGAAAAAAGAAUCUGCCUUCUGUUUCUGGCGCUGAUAUUUUUGAAUUAAACUCUUAGGGAAUAAAUAAGGAACAGAUGGUAUGCUUGUAAAGGGCUCAACUGUUGUUUAAAGUUGCAUUUAGAGUAUGCGUAUGAGAUAUGAUGUUGUAAUUUAUGUGCAGUACUACUUUUUGAUGACUUCCCA